GUCGGGAUUCCCCGCCGCCCGCGGGCUGCUGCCGGCCCGGGAGAGACGGGGAGAAAGGAACCUCGGCUUCUGGGACGCACCGACAGUGAAAUAGGAGGCCUCUCUCAGAGCAGUGGAUCCUUCCUUUUCAUCUGCUCGGGCAGCCUUCAGGUCAGAGUGCGAUGAGUGGACUGAGGUCUCCUGGGCUGCUGGGGCUGGUGCUCUUGAUGCUGUCAGCAGGAUAUUGCAAAGAGAAAACAGACUCCGCAGAACUGAAGGACAGGCAAAGUCUUAUAAAUCUGAUCAUGGAGAUCAUUCAGGAACUGAAAAGGUACCACCUGGAGAAGGACACUGGGGUGCAGUACUUCUCCAAGCACGACUAUAACUUGGAUCGAAGGGAAGUGGCUGACUACGGAGCAUACCAGGAUGAGCAGAGAGUCGAAAUAGUUCCCAGAGAUUUGAGGAUGAAAGACAAGUUCUUAAAGCAUUUAACAGGUCCGCUGUACUUUAGCCCAAAAUGUAGUAAACACUUUCACCGGCUUUAUCACAACACAAGGGACUGCACCAUCCCAGCAUACUAUAAGAGAUGUGCCAGGCUUCUUACUCGGUUGGCAGUAAGCCCAAUGUGCAUGGAAGGAUAAAGAUGUUACUACCAUGAAAAGAAACACCAAGAACCAAGAGAAGUGCCUUGGAAACCAACAGGGAAAUAGAACUUAUUACCUUUAUAACAUAUUCCAUUGUGAACAAGAGAUUUAUUUUUGCAGAUUGACAGACUACUUCCCAUAAUUCUUUUAACAUGCAUUUUGUAUGUUGGCAACAGUUUGCAGAUUGACAUUCUUUACAGUAGCAUAACUGCCCGUAGUACUUAAUGCUCCAUACUUAAAAAACACACUUUACAACUGAUGUGUAAUGCUGCCAAAAGUUAUGUAAACACAAAUAUUUCACCAAGACAAUUGAUGUUCUAUUGCUUAAUUCUACAAUUUUAAGGAAUGUUUGUUUGUAUAUCUAGAACUACUAAAGAUCUGCUCCACAGUAGUUGUGGUCACUUGAUAUCCUUUGUGCUUAUGCAAUUUUUUACAAGUUUGGUUAAAACAGACUUGCGUUGGGGUCACAUUGUACCCCGGGAGUACAAAUUGCAUGACAAACAGGAACGUAAUUCUAAGUAGACAUAUUUUUGGGGACAGCGGAGCAUGGAUUUUGUACACAAACACAAGCUGCCAUUAAUUUACUUUAUAUAAUAAAUGUAUAAAACAUUCCAGCGAACGUGCAAUAUGUAAAUACUGUAAAUAACGAGCAUAAGUAAUAAAGUGUUUGGUAUUAAGUUGUUCUCAGUUUGCCUUCUGUUCACUGAAUCCGGAUAAACAAGCUAUCUCCUGGUAGCUUACCCACUUACUCACACUUAAAUCUCUUUCCAAUAAGUGUUCACUGGAAUAAGAAAGGAAGGUUCACCCACCUCAGGGAAGCCCAGUAAUGUGGACACUCUCUAUGGAUUUUUGAGGAUGGACAGAUCCGUGUGUUCGUAUCCCACAAAAUGCCCAGAUCACAAGGCUGCUCCAAUUCUCUACAGCUUUAUAAAUUAGUUGGCUUGGGUUUUUUGGUUGUUUGGAUCUCGUUUGUUUGUUUUCAAAGAAAGAUCUGCAGUCUAUUCAUGAUAUAAUCAAUAAACGUCCAAUAAAUCAUUAAUAUAAUGAAAUUUUCAAGGAGUCAGCGAACACUUACUCAGGAAACCUUGAUACACGUAUUUCCUUUUCUUCCUUAAAUCAGAUGUUAAAUCCAGCUGUUAUAAUAAAGUGACUCAAACAGGAAGACAAUUUUUGUUUGAUCUGUAGAUGAACCUCAGGUAUUUCUAUCUCAAUACUGGCAUUUAACUUCCAUUUUAUCCUCAAUUCAAACCACAAAAGGUAUAAAACAAACCGAGAUACAUCCCGCCCUCCCCUGAGAAAUAGCCAGGAGCUGGGAUUCUCAAUAUUCACCCUUAAGAGCCUUCAGCAUCUUGCUCUUUAGAAGAAAAAAAGUGUCAGAAAUAAAAAAUCCCAUCCUAGUACAAGGCUGUAUUUAGUAAGGAAGAAGGACGUAUUUUAUAUUUGCUUUCAGUGAUCACUAAAUGCUGAAAUUUCAUUUCUCAAUGGAAGUAAUACAUGCACACACACACAAAUUAGUCGUUAAAGGAAUCUACUUCUACAAGAUUCACUCAGCUGCUCAGCUACAGUAAACCUGGAGGUGGAACUCUGCUUCUCUCUUGUUCCACUGACUGAAAUCACAUCACUAAUAAACAGAGGAGUUCAGUACAAAUCUUUCUUUUUGUGGUAGGCCACCUGAAAGCUGGUUAAAUAGAAACUUUCAUGAAUAUUCCCCUGUAAAAGGAAAAUCUAAUUUAUUUAAUGACUUAAUAAAUGAAUAUAAAUAAAUUAAUCCGAUGGAAGUUUUCUUUAGAUUUAGCAGAAGUCAGCAUGCUUUGACAGAAGAUACAACUACAAUAUAGCAGUUUUUUUUACUUUAUUCUUGGGUAUAAGCUUACUACAGAAACUAAACAAGUCUCGGGGCAGAGGGGAGGAGGAAGGACGUGACAGUUCUACAUUUUUUCAUUCAAUAUAUUUUUCCUGAGUGGUAUUUUAAACCUAGAGGUUUAAAAAUACAGGUCACAGAGCUUAGUCAUCUGUACAAGCCACAAUUUGUGUAUUAAUCCUAUGUUCACUGUUUCUCUUGGAACUCGAAGCUGGAUACUCUGCAACUGUCCUUCCUGAAGGAAAUUCCUGUUCUCUAUUCUUGUAUUCCACAUAUUCUUUAACAAUACCAUGGUGCUCCCCUUCUCCUCUUCCAAACCAAACCCAGUAAGGAUAAAAAUCAACCAGCUUUUUCCCCCUAGUAGAGCUAGUAAAUUAUUUGCCUACAGAUUACUUGCUGAAAAUAUACCUCGAGGCAGAAGCUUUUAAAAUCUGAAGAGAAUUUAACACAAAUAGUUUUGACUUAGUAUUACUUUACAGGAAGAUCUUAAGCCUAAUGAUGGUGAACAAUCGUACCUUUUUCUCUCCUGUUACCUCAGCAGCGCAAAGAUGAAGAUUUAACAUUUAGCUUUAA